GCGCGCGCAGACCCGUUACUUUCGACGCGGAGAAGAAACAUGAAGAACACGAAGAGAAAACCACGAGAGAAACACGACAGAGAUUCCGCGAUGGCUCUCAGAAGCGAGCGCUUUAACGCGCUUUCUCUCCUCAGAUGCUGGAUCUCGAUCUUGGGCUUCACAGCGGUGUCGGUGUGUGAGGCCGUGCAGGUGUCUGUCCGUGACGAGCGGCGCUUCGCGAUGCUCUUCCAAGCCGUGGUUCUUCCGUGUCACUACAGCAGCGUCUCGUCUCAGACUCCGGUCAUCCAGUGGUGGUACAAGUCUUACUGCCGGGAUCGGAGCCGAGACGCCUUCCGCUUCCCCGACACGUUGGCGAUCCACGGCUCCGAGCUCGGCUCCUCCGUUCAUCUGGACUGUGGGGACAGCGGCCGGACGGUGCGCAUCGUGGCGUCUGGUCAGGGCUCGUCCAUCACGCUCGCCGAGCACUAUAAGGGCCGGGACAUCUCCAUCAUCAACAAGGCCGACCUGCGCAUCGGUGAGCUGCAGUGGGGAGACAGUGGUGUUUAUUACUGUAAGGUGGUGAUCUCUGAUGAUCUGGAGGGACAGAAUGAAGCACACGUGGAGCUGCUGGUGCUGGGUCAGACAGAUUUGGCCGAUGAUCUUCUGCCUGGGUUUAAUGUGGAGAUUGUUCCAGAGUGGGUGUUUGUGAGUGCUGUGCUCGUGGGCAGUCUGCUGGUCAUCCUGCUGGUGGGAGUCUGCUGGUGUCAGUGCUGUCCUCAUUCAUGUUGCUGUUACGUAAGAUGCUGCUGCUGUCCAGACACCUGCUGCUGCCCUCGGCACCUGUAUGAAGCAGGGAAGGGCAUCAAGUCAGUGCCGCCCACUCCUGUGUCCAUGCUCCCUCCAUACUACAUCCCUGGGAUGCCCACCAUGGUGCCCAUCGCUCCACCCUCCCUCAUCGACCCGAGCCUGUCCGCUGCACCCUCGCUGGAAACCGGCGGCUCAGUGCGCAGUGGUUUCCAUCCGCAGCCGGCAUCAGAUCAGAGCUCUCUGAAGGUGCUGCAGUUCGUGGAGAAGCAGCUCGCUCAGUUUAACCCAUCUCAGACGCUUAGCAGCAGUCCAAACUCCUGCAGUAUGUCUGAGCUGAGCUCGCUACACGAUGUAGAAACCGACUUUCGCCAAACCUUUCGACAAGUCCAGAAGAAGGCUCUACCGGCCAUUCCUGACCUCGAUGACCCCGCUGACCUCCGAGCCACAGAUUUAUCUCCCGUUCACGAGGGAAGAUACACUCGACAGCCACCGCACAGAAAUCGAGUGGCAGAUGAACGCCCGAGCUGGAAGCCUCGCUCGGAGCACCUGCAGAGGAAGACUUUCCAGGAUCGAGGAAGGACUGGAUCUGUGGAUGAGCUGGAGGAGUUUGCCAUGGAGUACAUGCAGCGAGGACGACACGGUGACAUCGGGAACAGGGUGGACGACUACAGAGAGCGAGAGCGGGAGCGUUCCCCAUUUUAUCGUCCCAAGAACAGUCCAGGGAGACGUCCCCCGAGCCCUCCGCCCUUACCUGGAAAAAACCGGGACACCUGGGGGAACGGUCAAGCCCAGUGGGAUCAGAGCGGAAGAGAUCGAAGGCCAGACUACGACCCUGCCAUUCUCAACAGUUUACUGGAACGUAAAGCUAACGCUCCGAAGAGCGGCGCUUCAAAAACCGGACAGAUGGAAGACGACUCGGACACUCCGUCCAAAAGCAGCUCCAAGAAGAGUAGUGAGCGUGUCCAGAUCAGGACUCCCAGCAAACAGUCCCCUCGUCAGCGGACGGCCGAGGACAACGAGUCUCUGCCGCCGUACACAGAGAAGGAGCUGGAGCGGUCCGGCGGACAACAGCCGUUCAGAUACACACGCUCCGGGCCGGAGGAGCUGAGCCGCCCGCGGAAAGUGACAUUUUUCGAUGAACAAAGCACGCAGUUUGAUUCCGACCUAGGUCUUUCAAUCACGGUUCGAUUUGUACCUCGAUUUGACAACAGAAAAUAAGCUGAGCACAGGUAACUAGAAUAUCAGUAAAUCAGUUCUGCUGCUUGCUGCUUCAUUCCUCCCCGACAUGACAAGCUCUAACACAACUAACCGUACUGAGACGUUAGGAGUCUAGAAAGAGAACAUUAUAAAAGACACUGCAGUAUUUGCUCUGUGGAUAGUUUUGGGCUCUGCGUGAGUUUAGUACGUCGAUCGCUGAAGAAAAUUAAUCCACGAUCUUCAGUUUAAUACCCAGACUUCCACUACAAGAUGAUGUUUCUGCUUUUACAGACACAGGUACUGCUGUACUUUAAUAAGAAGAAGAAUAGAAGUUCAGCAGAGACGAAAGUGUGCUGUCAGACCAUUAGUCACGUCCUCAAUAAAAGUUCUGUGGAUGUUUAUAAUGUAUUUAGAAACACAUAUUUACAUUUAUUUACAUGUCUGUCUUUCAUAUAUACAUGCACGCGUGUACUUUUAUACAUACACAUCUACACAGUAUACAUACACAUUACGUCAAUCACAAUGAAAGGUUUGACAGCACUAAUAAAUACAGGUGGAAAUCUUAUGGAGUGCAACUUGAAGAAUCAGGCAGCUUUUCAGGGUUGGACUUUUGCUUUGAAUUUGUUUUGUGUGUGUGUUAUUCAUUAUAUUAUAACACGUCUGGUCCUAAUAAUUGCAGAAUAAUGGCUUCUCCUGCAGACUCUCAACGCUUGACGAGACUAAUCUGCUCAAACUCUCAGGUUCUCUGCUUCUGCUCACUCUUCUGUCUCUUUCUGAACAGAGCACUCUUCUGAGCAGAGACUCGCUUGUGGUUUGAUGUCUUCUUCACGCCGCGCUGAACUCGUACUGAAAGAGUUUUACUGCCACGCCGCUAAAAUGCCUCACAGCUUUGACUCUGAGCAUGGAGAGAGUUCACCAGAACGUUUAUGAUAUCGAAGAAAUGAUGAGGUUUAUGCUGAGUGUUACUGGAUGUCGUUUAUAAGACUAGCAUACACAAAAUUCUGGGAUCAGUAAGAUUUUUUUAAAGAGGUCUAUUCUAUUUGAUUUAAUUUUGAGAAAUAUUAUUAUGUAAAGUAACAGUUUUCUAUUUUAAUAUACUUUAAAGUGUAAUUUAUUUCUGUGAAGCGCAGCUGUAUUUUCAGCAUCAUUACUCUUCAGUGUCACGUGAUCUUUCAGAAAUCAUUAUCAUAUUAUUCUGAUUCAUAAUCUGUGUUGAAACUGUUGUUGGUGCAAGAGAUAAUUUAAGGAUUCAUUGAUAAGUAAAAAGUUUAAAAAAAGAUUUUGAUAUAAACUACUAUUCAAAAGUGGGGUCAGUAUUUUAUUUAUUUCCUUAAAAAAGAAAUAAAUAAAUAAUUUUGUUCAGCAAGCAUGAAUUAAAUGAUGAAAAGUGAUAGGAAAUAUAUUAAAAUAUUUAUAUUUCCAAUAAAUGCCAUUUUAGUUUUUUAGUUUUACUUUUUAAAUCAUCAAAGGAUCGAAGAAAAAAGGAUAUCACAGGUUCAAAACAAUGUUUCAACACUGAUAAUAAAUCAGUAUAUUAGAAGGAUUUCUGAAGGAUCACGUCAAACUGAAAACUGCAAAUUCAAUAGGAAACCAAUAUUUCACAAUGUUACAGAUCUUUCUGAAUUUGUGAUUAAAUAAAUUCAACCAUUAAAAGCAUCUGAAACCGUACUGAUCCCAAACAGCCGGGACACGGUCUUCUUCUUCUUCUUCUUCUUCUGUAUAAUCCUAAAGUGCUCUGAAUGAAUGAGUUUUUAUUGUAAAAACAAGACACUUGCUAACUAAUUAAUAUUAUUGCAGAUCUUGUUAAACACUCAUGCUUUUAUCAGUAUUGUGAGAUACAGACCAUUAUUGUCUAAAAAAACAAGUGAUGAUAUUGUGUUUUUUUGGGCUUGACUCUGGUUUUCAUAACCCAAGCUGAGAUCUAACCGUUAGAUCAAUAAGAGAGGGUUUUCAGUGUUAGUACUGAGAAGUAUGUUCAUCUGGGGUCAAUAGCUUCAGUGUAAGGUGUCUGGAGGCUCUGAUGAGCUCAUCUGGAUCUGCUGGACGCACUGCCUUUCUCUAUCUGCGUCACACAAAGUCAUCUUGUUCCAAUACUUGAGAAAACAUUUCAUAGAAUUACAUGAGGACUGAAGAUCAUGUUUAUGCAACUGUUUACAUUUUCUAUGUUUUUACAUGAAUGGUCUGUGUGCAGACUGAAUGAAUUUCAGUAAAAAUCUAGCAGACUC